UUCAGUCAUUCCUGUCAGUGGGGGCGGCUUUUCCAGCGGUCUGCAGCAGGACUUCACUGUGUUUUCUKCCUGAUUGACACCCACCAACCAAAAUUAUGUCAGUUUCUGUUCAGGGCUGCUGCAGCUUUGUGCGCACUGCUCCUUUAAAGUUCUGAGCCGCUUUUCAGAGAGAGCGACUUGUAACAGGCUCAGUGAUCCUCCCCCUGAUGGAUUAUUUAACAGGCUCUCAGUCCCAUGUCGCCAUCUGCUAAAGGAAAGAAAAAAACACAGAGAAAGACUCUCAGGUGAUCAGGAGGGCCCGUGUCAACAGGUGUGUCUGAUUGGUUAAUGUACUGACGGUUAGUUUAACUCUGAGUAAUGGAGUUUUAUCUCGGGCUGUAAAAGUGUUUUUUUUCCUCCUGAACUGGAUUUUUGGAUUUCAUCCAUGGAACAACCUUACGGAAUCAACUCUGUGACUGACAGAAGCUCAGGCUUUACUAAAGCAAUGCCCCUGAGCCCAUCCGCCCGGUGAACUGAACGAGGCUGGUUGUGGUGGGGGCUCACAGGUGAGGACAGAGUCUCCCGGCCUGCAGCAGCAGAGGCACAGGCGCAGUCAUGGUGGUGUUGGAGAGCGACAGGACGCUGCUCGCCGCCAGGCAAGGAGACGUGCACAGUCUCAGGGCGCAGCUAGCGGCAAAAGCGCUCAACAGCGGCGUCAGGGACGCGCUGGGGGCUUCYCCGGUCCACCACGCAGCCCGGGCCGGGAGGCUGGGCUGUUUGCGUUUCCUGGUGGACGAGGCGCGACUGCCGGGCAACUGCGUGGCGAACAACGGGGCCACGCCGGCGCACGACGCAGCGGCCACCGGGAACCUGGCCUGCUUACAGUGGCUGCUGACCCAGGGUGGUUGUCGACCGGAGGACAGAGACAGCUCUGGCGCCACUGUUCUCCACCUUGCAUCCCGCUUCAGUCACCAUGAGAUCACUGACUGGCUGCUGAAGAGUGGCGAGGGGGACCCGGGGGCCUCCACCGAUACAGGUGCCCUACCUGUUCAUUAUGCUGCUGCCAAGGGAGACCUGGCUUCCCUGCGACUGUUACUGGGCCACAGCCCAGACUUUGUCAACUCCCAAACUAAGAAUGGUGCCACACCSCUCUACCUGGCCUGCCAGGAGGGUCACCUGGAGGUUGUCCAAUACCUGGUGAAGGACUGCGGGGCAGAUCCGAGCAUCAGAGCCAACGAUGGGAUGACGCCUCUGCAUGCUGCUGCUCAGAUGGGCCACAACUCUGUCAUAGUCUGGCUGAUGAGUUUCACAGACAUCAGUCUGACAGACCGGGACGGUGAUGGAGCCACGGCCAUGCACUUUGCAGCCAGCCGAGGCCACUCGAAGGUGCUCAGCUGGCUGCUGCUGCACGGGGGAGAGAUUGUCACCGACAACUGGGGCGGGACCCCGCUCCACGAUGCUGCAGAGAAYGGAGAACUGGAGUGCUGUCAGAUCCUUGUAGUGAACGGGGUGGACCUGGGUAUCAGGGACCAGGACGGCUUCACGUCAGCAGAUCUGGCUGAAUACAACGGCCACCCGCAGUGUGCCAAGUAUCUGCGCACAGUGGAGAACAUGAGUGUGGAGCACCGCGUUUUGUCUCGAGACCCCUCGACGGACCUAGAGUUCAAGCAGCCAGACUCGGGUCUCUCGUCCCCAAACACCACCAUGCCUCCUUCCAGCCAGGCCGUCCACUUUGACAUCGGUUCACCGUCCAGCUCCUUGUCCAACUACGACUCCGCCAACUCCAGCCAGUCCAGCACCGGGGAAAAGAGGAGCAGUUUAACCACUUCACAAGGACCACCCACUCAACUGAACACAGUUGCACAUCAAGGUGCACCAGAGUCGGCUCUUUCAGACAUGCAAGCCUACAUGGACAUGCUGAACCCGGACAUUGGCACCGACACGGCCAAGAAGAACGGGACCCCUGCAGAUACUGUCCCCAAGCCUCCGCCACCGCCAACCUAUCCACCUCCGCCUCCCCCCAAAUCCCCACCGGCACUUCCUCCACCGCCUAGCUACCCGGCACCACCGCCCCCACAGGAGCCUUCCUCAGCCGAGUUCCUCAAGGUGAAAAGCAACCUGCGGCACGUGGAGAAGAAAACCGGCAAAAAGGAGCUGACCCCUGGAGAAAGCCACGAGAAACUGCGGCGCGUGGACUCAAACAGGAAGUCGAGGAGUUUUAACAAACAGCCCAGCACUGGGGACUACUACAAGACGCUGGGCGACGACACGGCGGAGCCCCGGGGGAGCAGAGAGAUGGCGCCCAAUGAGGAGGCAAGUCAGGGAUCGGUGGUGUUGGAGGAACCUACCGAGAGCCCCGCCUCCAGCUCCGGGAACGGCGCCGCAGAGGAAUCUGUCCCGCCUCCUCCCCCUCCACCACCUCCUCCGCCACCUCUUCCUCAAAGCAAUCCGAUGCCAACUCCCCCUCCUCCUCCUCCGCUGCCCUCUGGGACCCAACCCACCCAGAACAAUGCCAGUAGCACCUCCACUGAUCAGCGACGCCCAUCUUCCUCAUCAGGAAGUGGGAACAUCCCUUCCUCUCAGCCAGAAGUUGGGCUUCUUAGACAGAUGAAGUGCACAAAGUCUUUCAACAUGAUGUCCCCCACCGGUGACAACUCGGAGCUGCUGGCAGAGAUCAAAGCAGGGAAGAGCCUCAAGCCCACGCCACACAGUAAAGGCUACACCACUGUAUUUUCCAACAGCGGACCCACGGGCAACAAUGAGUCCCCCACACCACCAGAGACUCMGUCUGAAACCCCACCAGCCAAACCAGCCUCCCCUACACAGUCCGAGACACCCGUCACUUCCCCACCCGUCACCCCAAGCCCCAGCCCUAGCCCCAGCCCCACCGGCUCUGGGUCCUCAAGGGUCAUGUCGACCUCCGCGAGCUACGAGCAGCUGUCCUCCGUCGUCAACGGGAACGGCGGCGGCAGCUCAGUGAAAGCAGAGUCGGUGAGGAAGACGAGUCUGGCGGACGUCGAGGCGUUGGUGCCCACUCACGACGAGCAGGGGAAAGCCAUCCCUGAGUGGAAGAGGCAGGUGAUGGUGCGCAAGCUUCAGGCCAAAAUGCAAGAGGAGGAUGACCACAAACGCAAGGCUGAAGAGGAGGCCAAGCGUCUGGCUUCAAUGCCGGCCUGGAAGAGAGACAUGAUGAAGAAGAAAAUGGAUGAGGAGAGACCUCCUGAUGUGACAGGGAACAAAAAAAGAAAAGCAGAACAGCAGGCCAAACAGGAGAAGGAGGAGGAGGAGAAGCAGGAGCUGGAGCGACUACGGACCCUGGGCUACGAUGAGACCAAACUGGCCCCGUGGCAGAGGCAGAUUAUUCUGAAGAAAGGGGAAGUAGCCAAAAAGUGAACUGGAUCAUGUCCCAUGUCCUGCACCAUUUUGCACCCUCACACACUUUUUAGUCCAAAGCUUCUUCCUCCUUCGUCCUGUCACCCACUCUGCACAACAGAUCCUCCUUCAUCCUGUCACCCACUCUGCACAACAGAUCCUCCUUCAUCCUGUCACCCACUCUGCACAACAGAUCCUCCUUCAUCCUGUCACCCACUCUGCACAACAGAUCCUCCUUCAUCCUGUCACCCACUCUGCACAACAGAUCCUCCUUCAUCCUGUCACCCACUCUGCACAACAGAUCCUCCUUCAUCCUGUCACCCACUCUGCACAACAGAUCCUCCUUCAUCCUGUCACCCACUCUGCACAACAGAUCCUCCUUCAUCCUGUCACCCACUCUGCACAACAGAUCCUCCUUCAUCCUGUCACCCACUCUGCACAACAGAUCCUCCUUCAUCCUGUCACCCACUCUGCACAGCAGCUAAAGGAGGAGAGUUUAUUUCCCCAAACCUCUGUAUUGCUGUAGUAAGUCUGGUUCAAGCUGCUGCUGUUGUCCACACAGUCUCUCAUCAGAGUGAUCUUCCACUUAAAGUUUCAAACGUUUUGUCUUUUUAGUUAAAGAUUUCUGACAUGCACCAAGUCUUACUACAGAAGCACUAAAUUAAAAUCACUUAUUUAUUUACUUGCCAGCACGAGAAGAUGUUGAUUAGUCUUAUAGAUUUAAAAGGCGCUAAUUGCUCAGAGCGUACUAUUUCACAUCAAACUUCCCACCUCUGUCAGCUUUUUACCCAUCCUGAUUUCCAUUUAAUGUCAAGUUUCUUUCAAAUCUUUAAGUCUAUGAUCAUUUUUCUGAGGAUUUGGAUCAUUGGUGAAAAUCCUGUUUUAAAAUAAUUAUAAUAUUAUGUAGCUGUAUGAAAUUAUAUAUUUUUCACGAUGACUGGCAUCGAGGAUGUUGUGUGAUAUUAGACGUAAUGGAUGUUCAGGAUUUUAACAGCCAGCUACAUCUUACACCAGUCAUGUCGUUCAAGCCCUUCAUACUGCAGAACACAAGAAAAGACCUCAGGUUUUUGGUUUACAUUUGUUUCCUGCUUCCAGUUCAGGCCUCUGGGUGAUGAAUCUUUGAUGAGCAGAUCUGUUUACACAUUAAAGCUCUCUGUCCUCCAACAGGCUUAUCAAAACUCUUCACUAUCCUUUUAAUAAGAUGCAGUUUCAAUGCUGAACKGCCUCUGGUGAACAACUUGACAAUAAAUAAAAUAACCAGGAUGUGCACAAUCUUCUGUAAAUUUCCCUGUAGGCAUUCGGAGAGAAUUACAUUAUUGUUAUAUAUAUUUUUUUGCCUAGAAAGUGAAGUUGUGCACAUUUCUGUAUUUAUUUCUUUUUCAGGUGGUUAUAGGAUCCACUGCUGGUUGAGACUAGAUUCGUCUGUUUGGGGCAAAUCUGUGAGGAAUCAUUUUAUGUUAGAUUUUAAGAUUUUUCAGGACAAAAAUCGAUGCAUUUUUAAAAAUAAGUAAACCCCAAAAAUGAUACAUUUUGGGUGCUUUCAUGUGAUGAAAGAUUUUCUUUCUACUUCUUCUGUAUUAGUUUCUUUUUUUAAAUCAGGUAUCAAGUUUAAAAUCUGAGUCUCUGUUAAAGAUGAGGAGCCUCGCUGGUCAUUUAAAGAAAAUAUUCAGAUUUUACGUCUCAUCAGAUGCCAUAUGAUGUUAAAAUUCAAAGUGAUGUAAACGUCAUUGCCAUUUAAUUUUCUAUAUUAUCUGUACUCUGUACAUAGUGACCCUCAGAAUGUUUCAUUAUUUCCUUGUUUCAUUAUAAAAACAUGUCCCGACCUGGCUUUGAUAGAAUGUUGGCUUAAUCUCAUAAAAUUAUAUUUUCAGACUGUUUAAAAUGAACACAAUAAAUACUUGAUCAUCAAAAGGA